AUGAAGUUCUGUACCAUCCUCGCCGCUCUAGGCGCUCUUUCAACCUCCAACGCGUUGCUCACGGUCAAGAACAAUGACUUCAACACCACAAUCACGAAUACAACCCAUCACCAACCUCACACUGUCAAUGUUACCAAUGGAGCUCAGAAUAUCUAUAACAAAUAUGCAUUCUGCGAAGUUGAUGGCAUAAUCUCGUACGGCAAAAAUUUAUCUCUGCACUUUUCAGUCUACCUGCCAGAUGCGUUGUCCUAUAAUGGUCGCUUCAUAGCUGUCGGAAAUGGCGGUAUGGCUGGAACAUUAGAUACAGUAGCUCUAAUGCAGCAACUGAAUUCUGGCUUUGCGUCUGCUGCUGGCGACGCAGGUCAUCUUGCCAGUCUAAAUAAUGCGGGUUCUGGAGCUCCUGACACUUACCUACCCUACUUGCACAAUGCAGACGAAGUACAAGCGUGGAUUCACAAUGCCAUCUCCCUCUUCGUGCCAUCGGCAAAAGACAUCAUCAAAGCUUACUACAACAAAGCAGCAGAAUAUAGCUACUACAUAGGUUGCUCGACUGGAGGAGCACAAGGCUUUGCUUUGGCUCAAUAUCAUCCUGAGCUUUUCGAUGGAAUCAUUGCUGGGUGUCCUGGGAACUGGUACUCACAUCUUGCGCUCUCCUUCCUGUGGAAUGCACAGCAUGCAAUUGUGAAUACAUCAUCCUAUCUCUCGCAGGCGGUGCUGAACUUUACUGGUCAAGCAGUGCUUGAAGCCUGCGAUGCCAACGAUGGUGUCAGAGAUGGAGUGAUCGAAAACCCUCUGGACUGUGACUUUUCUAUUGACUCGUUGGCUUGCAAUGCCACCACAGUCUCUCUCAGCAACAGCAGCAUAUCCUGUCUCACGACUGAUCAAAUCACCGCUGCAAAAGCUAUCUACGCAGGCCCCAAGAACGCACAAACCGGAGAAGCGUUAUAUCCGGGUUUCGCCCAUGGCUCAGAGAUCCAAUGGAUACUUCAAGAGGGCGAUCUCGCUGAUGCCUUCUCCAUCCCGAUUCUGCAAAACCUGGUCUACGACAAUCUGACUUACGACGCAAGCACCUUCAAUUGGGCAAGUGACGUGACCACCCUCAACGCCAACGCAGGAGCCAAAAUCGACGCUAUAAGCACCAACUUGACUGCUUUCCGCAACAGAGGCGGCAAGCUCCUGGUCUACCAAGGCUGGUCAGAUCCACUCAACGCACAACUCUGGCCACUACAACAUUACGAAGACGUGCAGUCGUUUUUCGGCACCGACAUCUCGGACUUUUAUAAUGUGUUCAUGGUGCCUGGGGGUGGACAUUGCGGUGCUGCGAGCUUCUACCCUCAGGUGCCUGCGACGUAUCAUACUGUUCCUGCAUUGGUGAAUUGGGUGGAGAGAGGGCAGAAGCCGGAGGAAGUGUUGACUACUGAUCCAGCGGAUGGAGACACAAGGAGUAGGAAGCUGUGUGCUUGGCCGAAGAUAGCCGCGUAUGUGCAAGGUGAUGUCGAUGAUUGGACGUCAUAUGUUUGUGAAUAA